GCAACAAGAGAGGUCAAAGAUUGUUUGCUGUCAUCCUGCUGGCUCGAAAGCCCACAACUUGAGGGGCGCCCAGCACCUGCGCGCUGAUCGUGUGGGCCUACCUCGUCGUUGAUAAUAUCCCUGUCAGUGCAGCUGUAGGUGCAGGCAUCUGAGACCAGCAAGCAGAGUAGUGUGAUGCGCUGAGGGAUAUCAAAUUUUCAAGAUGACCGCGCAGCCCCUUCUUUCCCCGCUUCCGAGCUCGCUUGCAUUCCAGCACGUGCAGCGCCCAGCAAAAGUACUGGUUGGUGGCAGCACUUUGGGCCGCCUCCGGACUGAGAGGUACAAGAGCCCCUGGCAGACCAUGCUGGAGCAGUCGGGCGGCAGCAAUCCCUUGGAGUUGAGCACGUCAGGCCGGGAAUCGCCCCUGUUUCACCUCUACAGCCUCAGUUUUGACACAGAACAGGACAACCGCAUGCGGCAGCAGCAAGAGUUCUACUUGAAUUACGGGAGGGCUCUGCGUGUCCUGAGGGAAGACAUACCCAGGUUCUUCAAGGGGGCGCCUGACACCAGCAUUUUCACAGAGGACGUGGUGUUCCUGGAUCACAUCGGUCCUCGCAUCGGCAUGAUUUUCACCACAGUGAAGGGCAGAAAGGCGUACUCCCAGCACAUCUGGCUCCUGCGCUUCCACUCCAGCCUCAUCUUCAGCCGCUGUGAGGUGGAGGUGCAGAGGAUUUGGGAGAGGGAUUCGCGCACAGUGGCAGUUCGCUGGAAGCUUCGCUGCUUUCCUCGCCUGUUGGACCGAUCACUGGUCAAUUUGGACGGCAUCUCUGAAUACAAGUUCAACGACAGGGGCCUGAUCUACGAGCACACGGUGGACAUCAUAAACUGGGAUGACAGCCGCAGCAAGAAGCCAGCGCAGCGGCAGCUUCAGCACAGCUUGUCCACGCUGGCCUGUUGAGUGGAAUAGUUGAGGAAGUUUCGAGUUGACGGCCAAGGAUGUGACAUUCAGAGCCUCUCAGUUUUGGUCAGGAUGGUAGAGUCACAGUGAGACAGCAGAAUUAGAUCACAGCUGUUCGAGAUGAGGAAGAUUCUCUGGCAUGUUGUCCCCGCUCAAGAACGCUGCUGCAAUGAUAUUCUUUUGCUUUGUGAGGAAGUGAGUUUCUCAAGCCAGAAACGACAGUGUUGUGGAACAAGUGUGAAUGGUCCGGUUGAGAUACUGUUAUCAGAGUUCAGCGCUAGCAUCAAAAUUUUAGUGAUGAGAAUGUUGGAGAGGCAACUUGAGACAAUGAGCUAUGCAGAUUUGGGAUCCUGGGCUCCCAGGCAGCCUGUUUGCUCGAUUUUGGUGAUGAUGAGGUGUGUUUGGCCGUGGAGUGUGCGAACUUGAAUGUAGACAGGAUUGAGGAUGGUAGUCAGAGAGGCCAGUCAGGAGAGAGGCAGAUACGCUUGAAUCUCUUUGAUCGAGGAAUCCUAAUGGUGUUUCAAUAUUCCGGUAUCUCUUCACAGUAUGAUGAACUGGAUUUAAAGAGCUCAGCGAGCCAUGAUAUUAAAACUGAUCAACACACAGUGUGUAAAGUUUGGAUUAAG